AUGGAAUGGGCGACGGCCGGCGGCAAUGGAGGUGUUGAGACGGCAAUGGGAGUCAGCGAUCGAGGCGUUGAGGUGGACACGGCCGGUGGCGAUCGAGUCGUUGAGACGGCGACGGCGUUUAGCGAUCGAGGAAAGGUUCCGAUUCCACCAGAGUGGCGAAACGGUGAUUGGAUUGAUGAUAUGCUGAGUUCAGAUCGAGUGAUGAGUUAUCUCGUUGAGGAUUCCAUCUUGAUGAAUGCGGAAUGUAGUGGUAGCAAAUCCAUCGAACAAUCUUACUGUGCCAGCAAAUCAACGCAAGGUCACAGUUCUGUUGUAGAUCAGCUGCAAUCAGGUUUGUGUAGGUUUCGGAGUGAACUGUUUGUGAGAGAAUAA